AAUGCAGAAAAUACGUUUUUAUACUGCACACGCCAUUAAGUUUACGUCGCGAAGUUACAGAAUUUGAGCGAACAUGCAAUGUCCUGCUUUAAGUCUGCUACUCAUGUGUCUUGGCACCGUCCUCCACGUAAUCGGUCUGGCAUCCCAUCAGUGGUCAGUGGAGGGUGACCACUCCCAGGGUCUGUGGAGGUAUUGUAUACAGUACGUAUGCCACGGCAUUCCAGAGCGUCUUAGCACAGAUUACCUCUUGACAUGCCGAGUACUGGCCCUUGCUGGUAUGUUUUUCAGUUUUGUGUCGGUAACACUGAUUGGCUUAGCCAUACACUGCAAGACCAAACAACCCCGGAUAAUGGUGCUAACACUGUCAUCAACAGCAUCCAGUAGUGUGUCGUAUGCUUGCAUCGUAUCAUGCGCAGCUGUCUGGCGUUCAAUCUACAGUGACAUGGCCGGCAUUGGAUUUUCCUUCAUCAUAAGCAUCAUUGGAGGAACAUUUCUUAUCGUUGGGGUUGUCUCGUUUUUGUAUUACAUAAAAACUGAUAAGUGCGAUAGACGUCUGUUGAGUAUCUAACUUGCCAAAUGCGAUGUUCACGUUUUUA